GAGCGCGUCCGCAUUCGCAGCCGUAGCUGCCAAUCGCAGAACUUCCCCCAAAGCUACCCCGCCGUCGCUCAGAAUAUUUCAUCCUCAUCAACCUCAUCCUCAUCCUUAUCACGGCCUCAGUGCCCUUCCUUUCUCCCCUCCUCCUCGUCUCUUCUCCACUUCAUCCUCGCCCCUCAUGACUGCCACAAAGAUUGACGGCACUGCAAUUGCCCGCAGCAUCCGUCUCGGCCUGUGCGAGCAGAUCAAGAAGCAGCAGGAGAGCAACCCCCGCUACAAGCCCUCCCUGAAGAUCAUCCAAGUGGGUGAUAGAUCUGAUUCUUCUACUUAUGUGCGCAUGAAGUUGAAGGCUGCUGAGGAGGCCAACAUCGACUGCGAGCUCGUCCACUUCCCCGAGGACGUCUCUGAAGCCGAGCUCCUCUACAAGCUCUACGAGUACAACAACAAUCCCUCCAUCCACGGCAUCCUCGUCCAACUCCCCCUCCCCAAGCACAUCUCCGAGCAUGCCAUCACAUCCGCCGUCGCAGACGAGAAGGAUGUCGAUGGAUUCGGAAUCGCCAGCAUUGGAGGACUGGCCAAGCGCGGUGGACAGCCUCUCUUCACCCCUUGCACCCCCAAGGGCGUCAUGGUCCUCCUGAAGGAAGCAGAAGUUGACGUCGCAGGGAAGAACGCUGUCGUCCUCGGACGGAGCGACAUCGUUGGCAGCCCCGUCAGCUAUCUUCUUAAGAACGCCGAUGCCACCGUCACCAUCUGCCACUCCAAGACCCAGAACCUGCCCGAGGUCAUCAAGCAGGCCGAUAUCCUCGUCGCCGCCAUCGGCAAGGCCCACUUCGUCAAGGGAGACUGGCUCAAGCCCGGCGCCGUCGUCAUCGAUGUCGGUACCAACUACAUCCCCGAUGCUAGCAAGAAGUCUGGCCAGAGGCUCGUGGGAGACGUCGAUUUCGACUCCGCUGCCGAGGUCGCAUCCCAGAUCACUCCCGUCCCCGGAGGUGUGGGUCCCAUGACCGUCGCCAUGCUCCUUCAGAACGUGGUCGACUCCGCCAAUGCCACGUUUGACAGGCUGAAGGAGCGUAAGAUCUCGCCUCUCCCCCUCAAGCUCGAGGACCCCGUCCCCUCAGACAUCGAGGUUUCGAGGAAACAACACCCCAAGCAGAUCACCACCAUCGGAAAGGAGAUUGGUCUUCUGCAGAGCGAACUUGAGCCCUAUGGCGCCACCAAGGCCAAGGUCGACUUGUCUGUCCUUAGCCGCCUCGAGCACCGCAAGAAUGGGCGUUACAUUCUCGUUGCGGGUAUCACGCCUACUCCACUCGGUGAGGGCAAGUCGACUACCACUGUUGGUCUUGCACAGGCGCUUGGAGGCCAUCUCGGCAAGAUCGCUUUCGCAAAUGUGAGGCAGCCGAGCAUGGGCCCGACGUUCGGUAUCAAGGGAGGUGCCGCGGGAGGAGGUUACAGCCAGGUCAUUCCCAUGGAUGAGUUCAACCUCCACCUUACUGGCGACAUUCACGCCAUCACUGCUGCAAACAACUUGCUUGCUGCCGCCAUCGAGACUCGCAUCUUCCACGAGAACACUCAGAAGAAUGGACCCCUCUACAAGAGACUGGUACCCGAGAAGAAGGGUAAGCGUGAAUUCGCCCCUGUCAUGUUCCGCCGCUUGAAGAAGCUUGGUAUCGACAAGACCAACCCCAAUGACCUGACCGAGGACGAGAUCAACCGCUUCGCCAGGUUGGACAUCGACCCCGAGACCAUCACAUGGCGGCGUGUGCUCGAUGUCAACGACAGGCAUCUUCGUUCCAUCACCAUUGGUGAGGCGCCCACGGAGAAGGGCCAGACGCGCAAGACUGGAUUUGACAUCUCCGUUGCUAGCGAAUGUAUGGCGAUCCUUGCCCUCAGCAACGACCUCUCCGACUUGAGGGAACGUCUCGGACGUAUGGUCGUGGCCAGCUCCCGCAGUGGCGAUCCCGUGACCUGCGACGACAUUGGUGCGGGUGGCGCGUUGACUGCGCUCCUCAAGGACGCUAUCAAGCCCAACUUGAUGCAGACCUUGGAGGGAACCCCCGUAUUCGUGCAUGCUGGCCCCUUCGCCAACAUCAGUAUUGGUGCCUCGUCCGUUCUCGCCGAUAAGCUUGCUCUUAAGCUUGCUGGUACUGAGCCAGGCGAGGACCACGACGACAAGGCAGGCUACGUUAUCACCGAGGCCGGCUUCGACUUCACCAUGGGUGGUGAGCGAUUUUUCAACAUCAAGUGCCGAUCUUCUGGCCUAGUCCCGGACACCGUCGUUAUCGUUGCAACCGUUCGUGCCCUCAAAGUGCAUGGCGGUGGACCCGAUAUCGCCCCCGGGGCACAGCUUCAAGAGGUCUAUCGAACCGAGAACGUCGAAAUCCUCCGCAAGGGCUGCGUCAACCUGAGGAAACAGAUUGCCAACGCUAAGUCAUUCGGAGUGCCAGUCGUCGUGGCCAUCAAUCGUUUCUCCACCGACACUCAAGCUGAAAUCGAUGUCAUCAAGGAGGAGGCACUCGCCGCUGGGGCCGAGGAUGCCAUUCCCGCCAACCAUUGGGCCGAAGGUGGUAAGGGCGCCGUCGAGCUCGCCAAGGGUGUCAUCGCUGCCAGUUCGAAGGACAAGCCAGAUUUCAAGCUUCUCUACAGCCUUGAGGGCUCCGUCCAAGAACGCAUCGAGAGCAUUGGCCAGCGCAUGUAUGGUGCUGACAAGGUCGAGUUCUCCGAGCUUGCACAGAAGAAGGUCGAUACCUAUGUCAAGCAGGGUCUUGGAAACCUCCCCAUCUGCGUUGCAAAGACCCAGUACUCGCUCAGCCAUGACCCUGCUCUCAAGGGUGCCCCAACUGGCUUCACGGUACCCAUCCGAGAUGUCAGAAUGGCCGCUGGAGCCGGCUACCUCUACGCACUGGCCGCUGAUAUCCAGACCAUUCCUGGCCUCCCGACUGCGCCAGGGUACCUCCAGGUCGAUGUGAACACUGAAACGGGAGAGAUUGAUGGCCUUUUCUAAGCCCCGAUCUGGCCGUUUGAGAUGGUCUCACACUUUUAAUGGAGGUAAAUUAACCUGCUGGUGGCGUUUUACGGUAAUAUGGGAGGAUUCUGGAUUCUGGAUUUCUACGAUGGAUGGCUAAAGCGGAGUAUUCAACAUUAAGCAUAGCGGUUGGCUUUUACAAACCUUUCUCAACAAUAGAGACUCGCAACAGGUGGAGUCGAAACGAAACGAUACGAUCAUUGGAUCGGCAAUAUAGAUUCAAAGGACAAUUAUACAUUAUAUUAGUU